AAAUGAUCACCGCCUUGACUAUUUCAUGCCAAAGGUUUUGAUAUUUUCUUAUUAAAUUUGUGUGCUUUUGAUCGAAAAGCUUCAGCCUUUUUGAACAACCCUCUCUUGUUUGCAUCCGAUCAUAGGUUACUUCUGAGUUUGUCUUGAUCAAUCCAAAUCCUCUUGUUGUUGGGUUUUAGGAAGGUUCCAAUUUCGGAGUUAUGAUUCUGUCGGCGCUUUUAACUUCAGUGGGAAUCAAUCUAGGCCUCUGUUUCCUCUUCUUCACUUUGUAUUCAAUACUGAGGAAACAGCCUGGCAAUGUCACCGUCUACGGUCCACGGCUUAUUCAACAAGGCGGCGAGUCUCAGCAGACAAAUGCUUUCAACCUCGAGAGGCUUUUGCCUACUGCUGGUUGGGUCAAAAGAGCAUUGCAACCUACCAACGAUGACAUCCUCUCCAAUCUUGGCUUAGAUGCUUUGGUCUUCAUUCGUGUCUUUGUCUUCUGUAUACGAGUGUUCAGCUUUGCUUCUGUUGUUGGGAUCUUCAUCCUUCUUCCAGUCAAUUAUAUGGGUACCGAGUUUGAAGAGUUUUUCGACCUGCCAAAGAAGUCUCUUGAUUCCUUCAGCAUCUCUAAUGUUAACGAUGGAUCAAAUAAGUUGUGGAUUCACUUUUCCGCAAUAUACAUCUUCACAGCGGUUGUUUGCUAUCUGCUUUACUAUGAGCACAAGUACCUUUCAUCUAAGCGGAUUGAUCAUUUUUAUUCAUCCAAGCCUCAGCCGCAUGAAUUUACCGUUCUUGUCAGUGGCGUCCCUCUUGUUCCUGGAAACAGUAUAAGUGAAACUGUGGAAAGCUUUUUCAGGGAGUAUCAUUCUUCCACUUAUCUUUCUCACGUUGUUGUUCAUCGGACAGACAAGUUAAAGGCUCUCAUGAAUGAUGCUGAGAAGGUAUACAAGAAACUUAUUCGAGUGAAAUCCGGAAGCAUGUCACUUCAGAAGUCUAUGCGGGAUGGGUUUUUAGGGAUGUUUGGAAAGAAAGUUGAUGUGGUUGAGCAUUACGAAAAGAAGCUCGAGAAGUUAGAAGACGACAUGAGAUUGAAACAGUCUUUAUUAGCAGGAGAGGAAGUUCCAGCCGCUUUUGUUUCCUUUAGGUCAAGACAUGGUGCUGCAAUAGCAUCAAACAUUCAGCAAGGAAUAGAUCCAACAGAAUGGCUAACUGAGCCAGCCCCAGAGCCUCAAGAUGUUCACUGGCCAUUUUUCACCGCAUCGUUCGUGAGAAGAUGGAUCUCUAAUGUGGUGGUAUUCGUGGCUUUCGUAGCUCUGAUAAUCCUAUACUUCAUCCCUGUUGUGUUGGUUCAAGGUCUUGCUAAUCUUCACCAGUUAGAAACAUGGUUCCCUUUUCUAAAAAGCAUACUCAAUAUAAAAGUUGUGAGUCAAGUGAUUACGGGAUAUCUUCCGAGUCUAAUUUACCAGCUUUCCGUAAUGAUAGUACCACCCAUUAUGCUCCUACUUUCUUCAAUGCAAGGAUACAUUUCUCAUAGCCAGAUCGAGAAAUCUGCAUGUAUCAAGCUUCUAGUCUUUACAGUAUGGAACAGUUUCUUUGCAAUUGUACUGUCCGGAUCUGCUCUUUAUCGUGUUAAUGUCUUCCUUGAACCUAAGAACAUUCCCCGUGUGCUUGCUGCUGCUGUGCCAGCUCAGGCCUCCUUCUUUAUAUCCUAUGUUGUGACCUCUGGAUGGACUGGUUUAUCAUCAGAGAUCUUCCGUUUGGUUCCUCUUCUCUGGAAUUUUGUGAUGAAACUUUUCGGUAAGGAAGAUGACAAAGAUUUUGAGGUCCCUUCCACUCCCUUCUGCCAAGAAAUCCCAACUCUUCUCUUUUUUGGACUUCUCGGUACAACUUACUUCUUCCUUUCCCCAUUGAUUCUGCCCUUCUUGUUGGUCUACUUUUGUCUUGGAUAUGUCAUCUACCGCAACCAGCUUUUAAACGUAUAUGCGGCCAAGUAUGAAACUGGUGGAAAGUUCUGGCCAAUAGUUCAUAGCUCUACUAUCUUCUCUUUGGUUCUGAUGCAUGUUAUUGCAGUCGGAAUAUUCGGGCUUAAAGAGCUUCCGUUGGCAUCUUCUUUGACAAUCCCUCUCCCCAUUCUCACCAUCCUUUUCAGCAUCUACUGCCAGAGACGUUUCUUAGCGAAUUUCAAAUCUUUUCCUACCGAGUGUCUGGUAAACAAAGACAAAGCAGACGAGAGAGAGCAAAACAUGUCUGAAUUCUAUGCGAAACUCGUUGUCGCCUAUCGAGACCCUGCUGUUUCGGCAUCGCGGAACGCUCGGGGCAUCUCACCUGAAGAUCCUCCGCUUCUCCGUUCAGAUCAAGGCUGAAAAUAAACCUUACUCAAAACAACUCUUGCUUGACCUUUGUAAGUUUUGUUAAACGAUGGAAGAGACACUAAACCGACUACCGUGUGCAUUGGUUUGGUUCUUCACCUAGAAUGAACCGGUUUUGUAUUAUGUUUGUCUACAAGUUGUAUAAAAGGAAAUAAAAGAUUUGGUUUGCCAUAA